AUGCCGGCCAACAACCAAAGACCGGUCGCCCAAACUCCGGUAUCGCCACGAAGUACAGCUAAAUAUACCAAUAAGGACGGUUCAAAGUUUAUUACGGUCCCAAAGGGUACACCCUCUGAAUCCUCGCUGCCUUCUACCCCCACAACUGCGAAACCCAGUGGCCCCCCACUAGAUACUUCCCAUGCCGAAGACGAACCUGCUCCUGCUGUAAACCGCAAGAAGCAGAAGCGUCGACAAAAAGCCGCUGCUAGAGCCGCUGCCCAGGAAGCUGCGAAUGGCCAACACGACGAUGCGUCCGGACGUGGCUCAGCUCUGGGUUCCACGUCUGGCCGUGGCCCCGCAGAUUAUGAGGAGGGUGAGAGCGAUGAUGAACAUGAGUAUAUUCUGGCAAGCGAAUUGACAGGCUCAACUACAAACGGUCAUCUCCACUCGGACUCUAGAUCUAAGAAAAACCGCAAGAAGAAAAAGAAGGGGACAAAUGCCGAACCUGCAUCACCAAUCCCGGAGACCCUCGAACCUGAACCGCAUCCCCACCUGUCGCAAGGCCCUGGUAUGUCACGCGACAAGAUAUGGAGUACGAGUAAUCAAGUUGAGCGCGAACGUAUAAAAGCGUUCUGGCUUGGAUUGGGCGAAGAUGAGCGGAAAUCAUUGGUCAAGGUUGAGAAGGACGCUGUUCUUAAGAAGAUGAAGGAACAACAGAAGCACACUUGCAGCUGCACUGUGUGUGGACGGAAGCGGACUGCGAUUGAGGAAGAACUAGAGGGCCUCUACGAUGCCUAUUACCUGGAACUUGAGCAAUUCGCAAACCAAGGCGAGGGACCACCUAUGCUACCGUCAGCCCGGGAUUUCGCCCUCAGACCACCACGGGGUUUACCAUCGAGUUACUCCAACCGACCCCCAUCACGCGGCCGGAUAGUGGAGCAUGUGGGCGACGACGAAGACGAAGACGAGCUUGAAGAGGUUUACAGUGAAGAUGAAGUGGAGGAGGACGACUAUAGCGACGACGAACCCCCCGAAGAAUUUCAGUCCUCACACGAACGAGACGUCGCCGAUUUCUUGACGUUUGGUAAUAGCCUCCAGGUCAGGGGUGGUAUUCUCACCGUGGCGGAUGACCUCCUUAAAAACGACGGCAAGCGGUUCAUCGAAAUGAUGGAGCAGCUUGCGGAACGUCGGAUGGCAAGGGAGGAAGACGCCCGCGAACACUUCUCACGAGGCUACGGUCACCCCAAUGGGGCAUAUUCCAAUCCUCACAACCAUCCUUCCCCUGAAGAAGACGAAUACGACGAAGAAGAGGACGAGGAAGAAGACUAUGAUGAUAGCCAAGACGAGGAGUAUGAGGAGGAAGAGGACCAAUUGACUGAGGAGCAACGAAUGGAGGAAGGUCGACGCAUGUUCCAGAUAUUCGCCGCUCGGAUGUUCGAACAGAGAGUUCUCUCUGCUUACAAGGAGAAAGUUGCUAAGGAACGGCAGCAAAGACUGUUGGAGGAGAUAGAAGCCGAGAGCCGAGAGUCUGAGCUCAAGAAAGCUAAGAAAGCUAAGGACGCUCAGAAGAAGAAGGAUAAAGCUGCUCAGAAAAAGCAAGCCUUGGCCGAGGAACGAGCACGAAAAGAUGCUGAGAAGGCUGAGGCAGAUGCUGCACGACUAGAAGCCGAGAGGCAACGAGUUGCUGAACAGAAAGCCAGGGCCGAAGAGAAGCGUAAACAGAAGGAAGCGCAGAAGAAGGCCGAGGAGGAGGCUCGCUUACGAAAAGAAGCAGAACGACAACGACGACUCCACGAGCAACGCGAGAAACAGGCUGAACAAGAACGCAAGGCCCGCGAAUCCAAAGAGAAGGAGAAGAAGCUCAAGGAAGAACAACGUCAGAGAGAUAAGGAGGCCCGAGAGCAGAAAGAGCGCGAAGCCCAGGAACGCAAGGACAAGCAAGAACGGGAUAAGCGCGACAAGGAAGCUCGUGCUGCCAAGGCCCAGAAGGAUGCUCAGGUAGCUCGGGAGGCUAAGGAGAAGUUGAAAGAAGAGAAGGCAGCGGCCCAAAAAGCAGCAAGUCACUCAUCGCAACCUAUUCAGAUCCCGAAGCGUGGUUCCCAACAUCCUGUGUCCAUACCGACCGUCCUCCCGCAACAUCCCUCGAAUCCUGCGAGCUACGCAUCUCCCAAGAUACCAAUUGCAACUCCCGUGUUAUCCAAAGCAUCAACGCCGAUACGACCCCGGACACACUCUCAGCAAUACGAUGCUGCACCGCAAUCAGCUGCAGCUCCGAUGACCAGCCAAGAUCCCUCGCCUCACUCAUUGACGCCUCACAUGAGUCCAGCGCCAUUAGGUCAGCGCCAUGGCAGUGCGAGUACGCAGCAUUCCCACUCAGUGUCUCCUACAAAUGGACAACCCAGAUUACCUGGGCAGUCUCCCUUCCAAAUGCCUCCUAUGGCAAUGCAACCACCUCCAGGAUUGGCUCACCAUGCGCCACCACCAGGCUUCGCGAAUCGUAUGCCUCAUGAAGCUAUCUUCUCAGGAUAUAGACAUGCUCCUGGGGCAAUGGUACCUCCUCCUGGUAUGAAUGGGCCAGGUCGUGGGUUCUCAGCGCAUAUGAUACCAAUGUAUCCACAGCCUACCGCCGAUCCGUUCGACAUGGGCCGGUUAUCAUUGCCUUCGGAAAUUCCCCCGACAAUGCAUCAUCGCCAGAGUUCAUUGCAGUUUGAACCGCCUCCGACUCCAGCACAGCCCAUAGGACGACCUGCUCCGAUUGGCCGUCCCGGAAGCCUUAGCCACGGGCGUUCCUCCGAUGAUAAGGAGGACGAAACCGCGCACUUGGGUAGUAGAGCUCUUCUUGAAGAUGAUGAGCCUGUCGAAGCUGAACUCCACAUGGGUAGCCUGCGAAAUCAGCCUCCAGGGCCAAUGUCCGACUUUACCACGAGUCCCUAUUCAGCCUUUCCCUUGGCACACAACCCUUGGGGCUCUUCAGUUGGAGGACACCCACUGCCCCCUCCAGGAUUUCCGAAUCCAGGGUUCAACAAUCCUGGAUGGGGCGCACCGAGUGUGCCUCCUGGUUUCGGUAUGGCUUCUCCUGGUUCUAUCAUGAGCUCUCUCCGGGCUCCUGUCCAGCCUAAAACUGCAAUGGUACGCGAGAUGAUCUGCAAGGCUUGCCAGCAAAUUGUGGGCUCUGGUGAUUCAGAAGGCUAUAUCGGUAUUGCAACUCUCAAAUCAAUGGUUGAUGAGAUGUCGGGUGAUCAUAGUAUCUCGGAACAGGACUUGCUGAACCUUUGCGAAACAGAAGGAAGCCGGACUAACGGAGGCGGCACGUUUUCUAUCCUGCAGGAUGUCGACGGCCCCGGUAAACAUGGCGUCCGAUGGGAGCCUGAUAUGAACGAUGGUUUCGGUACUCCUUAUCGAGCUGUAGGUGCCCCGGGUGAGAUUGGCAGUCCACCACUCAGCCAAGCAACGCUACGAGGGAGAACGUAG